CCAGUCCACGUACGUCCGCAGUUGUGCGUUUUCUCUGGACGCUUCUCGCGAGCGAGCACCGAACAAACUGUGCAAACCGUGUGCGCACAUUUAUCCUCAAAAAUCACAAUGCCACAGACGUGUCUUGAAUCAAUUGGUGCUCAACGCCUUUGAAUUCAAUCUUCUAAUGUUGGAAGUGACAAAAAUGCAUGUAGUAUAUGUGAUCUGCGUCUGAGUGCACACAUUUUAGAGUUUCCAUUUCACAAAAAUAAAAAAAGAAAAAGAACCAAAAUUUUCCACUUUGUCUCUUUCCCUCUCUCUCUCUCUCUAGGAAACUCUAGAACUUGAGCUUAAGAGUUAAGAGCACCUUUUGUAUUGUUUAUCAGCAACCUAAAGCUGUGUCUUCUCAACACAAAAGUGGUGUCCCAACUUCCAAUCCAUUUCUCUAUCUGCUCUCGUGAUCUUCUCUAAGCAGAAUGGCUGAACCAGCAUACACUGUCGCAUCUGAUAGUGAAACCACAGGAGAGGAGAAAUCAUCUUCUGCUUUUCCGGAAAUUGCAAUUGGAAUUGAUGUUGGCACUUCGAAAUGCAGUGUUGCAGUUUGGAAUGGCUCCGAAGUGGAGCUCCUUAAAAAUACUAGAAACCAAAAGAUGAUGCGAUCAUAUGUUACCUUCAAAGAUGAUAUCCCUUCAGGGGGAGUCAGCAAUCAACUCUCCCAUGAGCAUGAAAUGUUAUCUGGUGCUGCAAUCUUCAAUAUGAAACGCUUAAUUGGCAGAGUUGACACUGAUCCAGUUGUUCAUUCAAGCAAAAGCCUUCCAUUUUUGGUACAAACAUUGGAUAUUGGUGUCCGCCCAUUUAUUGCAGCCUUGGUUAACAAUGUCUGGAGAUCCACCACUCCUGAAGAAGUCCUGGCAAUAUUUCUAGUGGAGUUAAAAGCAAUGGCUGAAGUUCAGUUAAAGCGGGCCAUAAGAAAUGUUGUUCUGACCAUUCCAGUUUCAUUUAGCCGCUUCCAGGUGACGCGGAUUGAACGAGCUUGUGCCAUGGCUGGCCUUCAUGUCCUAAGACUGAUGCCUGAACCAACAGCUGUGGCACUGUUGUAUGCACAGCAGCAGCAACAGGAUGUACAUGAGAAUAUAGGCGGUGGAAGCGAGAAGAUUGCACUCAUUUUUAAUAUGGGUGCUGGCUACUGUGAUGUAGCUGUUACUGCUACAGCUGGAGGAGUUUCACAGAUAAAAGCCCUGGCAGGAAGUACCAUAGGAGGAGAAGACAUACUUCAGAAUAUGAUGCAUCAUCUGUUGCCUGAUUCAGAGAUUCUCUUCUCAAAUCAUGGAAUCAAUGAGAUCAAAUCAAUGGGAUUGCUCCGAGUAGCAACUCAGGAUGCAAUCUACAAGCUCUCCUCCCAGAACAGUGUACAAAUCGAUGUUGACUUAGGAAAUGAGUUAAAAAUUUGUAAGGUUGUUGAUCGGGAGGAAUUCGAGGAAGUCAACAGGAAGGUGUUUGAGAAGUGUGAGAGCCUUAUCAUCCAGUGCUUGCAUGAUGCCAAGGUAGAAACUAAGGAUGUCACUGACAUAAUUGCUGUAGGUGGAUGUUCAUACAUUCCGAAGAUUAGGAAUCUUGUUAUGAGUAUAUGUAAAAGACAAGAGCUUUACAAAGGAAUGAACCCAUUGGAAGCUGCUGUUUGUGGAGCAGCACUGGAAGGAGCAGUGGCUUCAGGUAUCAGUGAUCCAUUUGGGAGUUUGGACCUGUUAACCAUUCAAGUCACACCUCUUGCCAUUGGGAUUCGAGUGGAAGAAAACAAUUUUGUACCCAUUAUACCUAGAAACACUACGAUGCCAACGCGGAAAGAGUUAGCUUUUACAACUGUUCGUGAUAAUCAAACUGAGGUGCUGAUUGUUGUCUAUGAAGGUGAAGGGGAGAAGGUGGGAAAGAAUCAUCUGCUGGGCUAUAUCAAGAUCAUGGGUAUUCCUCCAGCUCCCAAGGGAGUUCCAGAGAUAAAUGUGUGCAUGGACAUUGAUGCUUCAAAUGUGCUUAGAGUUCUGGCUGGUGUUGUACUGCCAGGAUCUCGACAUCCUGCAAUCCCUGUCAUGGAAGUUAGGAUGCCAACAGUCGAUGAUGGGCAUGGCUGGUGUGCUGAAGCUCUAGACAGAACUUAUGGGUCUGCUCUGGACUUGGUUACAGUUCAGAAGAAAAUAUAGUGGUGAGAUGUAUAUAUAUUUAGUCUCAUUGUAUGUUUGGUUACUGUGGUUUUUAUGUUUUGUUGAUCCUGGACACAAUCAAUUUUCAUGAAAGUUGUAUGGUGAUGCUUUGUUAUAUGCUUCAAUAAAUGUGGACUUCGUGUAGAUAAGUUGAAGCUUGUUUAUGUUGUGAUUUUCAGUGUCAUUUUAAAUUGUGUAAUAUGAUUGACAGACUCGUGGUUGGCAUUU